CGGGCGGUCGGGAGGAGCGGCCGGUGGCAGGGAGUCUCAGCGGCAGCCGCCAUGCCGCCCAAGGCGGGCGACAGGCACCGGCAGGGCCAAAGUGGUCCUUCAGGAGGAAAGGCAGUGCAACCAAGGCCUGCUAAAGCUUUAUCUAAAAAACGGGAUGAAGAUGUCUCCACUGAAGCAGGAGAGGGGGCAGAUGAAUGUGUGGCUGCAAAGACUCUAGUCAAACCCCCAGAUCAACUGGAGCUGACUGAAGCUGAAUUAAAAGAGGAAUUUACACGCAUCCUGACAGCUAAUAAUCCCCAUGCUCCCCAGAAUAUCGUCAGAUACAGCUUUAAAAAACGAGCAUACAAGCCAGUAAGCUAUGUGGAUCAAAUGGCAAUUCACUUCUCUUUGAAUGGAAAUAUGAUACCCAAAGAUUCAGAUGAAGGCAGACGGCAGAGUAUCAGAUUAAGCAUUGCAGCAGAAAAGGCUCCUGUUGAGACUUCUGCAGUAACAUCUGAAGAGGCAGAGAUUAAAGAUGAAGAAAGCACAGGAGAUACUCAGGCUGCAGAAGAGGAAGAGGCAGAAGGGUCAGGAACAGCAGAAGCAGCUGAGGCAGCAGAGGUAGAAGAGCCUCCUCCCCCAAGAGUGAAGGAGCAGAAGCUUGCAAACCAGUUCAACUUCAUUGAGAGAGCUUCAAGGACUCUCAACAACCCUAUGCGGGAACGAGCAUGUCAAUCGGAACCUACACCUUGUAAAGAUUUCUCAGCCACUGCUAACCAGUGGAAGAUCUAUGAUGCCUAUGUGGAGGAGCUUCAGAAAAUGGAAAGGUCAAAAGAGAAAGAAAAACCAAAAGCUCAGAUAGCAAGAAAAGAAGAGGAGAAGAAGAAAGGAAGAAAGUUAACCUCUCUGGAGUUACAGAGUGAUGAUAUAACCAAGAUCUCAAAGGCUGCUAAAAUAAUGGAGCGGAUGGUGAAUCAGAACACAUUUGACGACAUUGCACAAGAUUUUAAAUAUUUUGAGGAUGCCUCUGAUGAAUACAGAGACCAGCAAGGAACCCUCCUCCCACUCUGGAAGUUCCAGUAUGACAAAACCAAGAGACUUGCAGUUACUGCCAUCUCCUGGAAUCCAAAGUACAAGGACCUAUUUGCAGUGGGGAGUGGGAGUUAUGACUUCAUGAAGCAGGGCCAGGGCAUGCUCGUGCUCUACACCAUGAAGAACCCCUCCUUCCCAGAGUACGUCUUCAGCAGUGAGAGUGGCAUCAUGUGCCUGGACUUCCAUAAUGACCACCCCUACCUCAUGGCAGUGGGCUUCUAUGACGGCAAUGUGGCCAUCUACAACCUGAAGAAGGCAACAUCCCAGCCCAGCUACAAGAGUAGUGCUAAGUCAGGAAAGCACACGGAGCCAGUGUGGCAGGUCAAGUGGCAGAAGGAUGACAUGGACAACAAUUUGAACUUCUUCUCUGUCUCUUCGGAUGGGCGGAUUGUUUCAUGGACUUUAGUUAAGAAUGAGCUGGUUCAUACAGAUGUCAUCAAGCUGUCAGUAGAGGGAACAACGAUGCAGGGGCCAGAGGGGCUGCAGCUGCAAACGCUUGGCUGCGGGACAUCGUUUGAUUUUCACAAAAAGAUAGACUAUUUGUUUCUUGUUGGUACUGAAGAGGGAAAGAUCUAUAAGUGUUCAAAAUGCUAUUCAAGCCAGUUUCUGGAUGUGUUUGAGGCCCAUCACAUGGCUGUGGACUCAGUCAGCUGGAAUCCCUACCACUUGAAAGUCUUCAUUUCCUGCAGCUCUGACUGGACAGUCAAGAUCUGGGAUCACACCAUAAAGACUCCGAUGUUCAUUUAUGACCUGAAUUCUGCUGUAGCGGAUGUUGCAUGGUCCCCUUACUCCUCCACGGUCUUUGCUGCAGUCACCACUGAUGGCAAGGCUCAUGUGUUUGAUCUGAGCAUUAAUAAGUAUGAAGCUCUCUGCACCCAGCUAGUUGUGGCCAAGAAGAAAAAUAAAAUAACGCAUGUCCAGUUUAACCCUGUCUACCCCAUUGUCAUCAUUGGCGAUGAACGAGGCCACAUUACCUCCUUGAAGCUCUCUCCCAAUCUGCGCAAGAUGCCCAAGGCGAAGAAAGGCCAGGAGGUUAAGAAGGGCCCCGAGGUGGAAACUGCAAAGCUGGACAAGCUGCUUAACCUGGUGAGAGAGCCAGAGAGCAACGGAGGGAAGUGAGCGGGAGGAACAACGGCUCUGCCAGGCGCCGCUGGACGAACAAGCUCGGCUUUGAUCGGUGGCUGCUUGGCAUGCAAGCGGCAGGCCCUGUGCUGCCAGCUUCCCCUCUGUGCCCAGGCAAAUAAAUGGAGGUGCUGGGAGAGCCACGGCGUGCAGUCAUCCCUGGGGUCAGGCAGACCUCACCGUGCUCGGUCCCGCCGAGCCACACAGCCCUCCAAUCUUCCCCCCCUUGGCUGGGCUUGCACCAGGUGAGAGCCCUGUGGAGGGCAGGUGAUGGCUGCCAUGGCUCGAUGGCAGCCAGUCCCUCCAUGAGUGGUGGCCGGGGACACUGAGCACUGAGUUGCAGCCCCACAGCCCUUUGUGGGGUCAGCCAUGCACAGCCCCUUGGAUUUUGGCGUGGCACCCUAAGGCAGAGGGUGGCUGGGGACCUCGCCUGGCCCCCCCACUGCUGUGAGAGAGGAAUGUGCCAUCACUGCGAACAGUACCACAGCAGCUGCCGGCCACCAGCUUCGGGAUGCUCACAGCUCCCCUCUCCCUGGGGGUCUUAGCAUGGGAGGUCUCGGCUGGCUCUACCCAGCUGGCAGCCACGGGAACAGUUAGGCACUGGGGUUUGCAGAGCCUUCCCACCGCUCCGGUGCUUUGCGGCAGAGGGAUUAGCUGCUACGUGGCUGCGGUGGCAGUAGGAGCUGCGGUGGCCUUGCCGCAUGCUGAUGAGCAGGAACGGGCUGUCACCGCUGGAGUCUUACACACAGCUGCUGAGACUGGGGACCAGAGGCGCUUCCACCAGGCAGGGGUGGUGGCAGGUGUUCUCCAUCCGCUCAGCUGGCCUGCAUCCCCUGUGAGCAUCCCUGUAAUUUAAGGCCACAGCUUGGAAACUCUCCAGUGCCUCCAGCACUGGGGCUGGGUGAUGCUCCCUGCUGAGAGACCCAUGCCCCCAGCCUGGGCAGACAUGCCGCAGGCAUGAAAUACCCAGCUAGGUUUCUCAUCCAGCAUUUAAAUGCCACAAAUGGAUGCAGACAUGAGCCCUUC